UCCUACAGUUCACGGCUCUCUGGCGGAGCGCGGAUCCCCCUGGCAAACUUCAAGUAAAACAGGAGCUGGGAGCGCACACGCGAGAAGAUAUAUUAAGAAAGCAGCCUGACUGCUUUCUCUGAAGGGGAGGACUCAUAGCCCGACAGCCUUCUAGUUUAACCUGAAGAGUGUGUGCCGCCUCUCUCUGCCCACCCCAAGAACUCGCUGGAGGUGGAGGAGAGGGGACAAAGAGGAGGACUUGAAAGUGCCUAAGGAGCUCCCGAUGCUGAGACCAACAUUCCUGUGGACGACGCAGAAAGGACAAAGCUGACUGAUUUAUUGCUGUUUUCCGUAUAUUUUUUUAUCUGUCUGUCCUUUGGCGCACACCAGUGUUUGGAGAUCUUUGAAAACACAAACCAAAACACCAGCCCCGAAGCCCCAACCCCUUGGCUAGCUCUUAUGGGAAUGAAACACUCCUCCCGCUGCCUGCUCCUAAGGAGGAAAAUGGCGGAGAACGCUGCCGACAGCACCGAGGUUUGCACCAUUCCAUCCCAGCCUCCACAGCCUACUGUUGUUCCAAAGCCAGUUCAAUCUGUCAUACAUGCUCCAUUGCAACCAAGCUGCCCAGGCCGAGGCAAGAUGGCAAAGCUCAUCAAUCCAGAAGAAAUGACAUCCAGGGAUUAUUACUUUGAUUCCUAUGCUCACUUUGGAAUUCAUGAGGAAAUGUUAAAAGAUGAAGUGCGCACAUUAACCUAUAGAAACUCAAUGUAUCACAAUAAACAUGUUUUUAAAGAUAAGAUUGUCCUCGAUGUUGGAAGUGGCACAGGGAUCCUCUCCAUGUUUGCUGCAAAGGCAGGAGCCAAGAAGGUAUAUGGGAUUGAAUGCUCAAGUAUAUCUGACUACUCAGAAAAAAUUAUCAAGGCCAACCACUUGGACAACAUAAUCACAAUAUUUAAAGGUAAAGUGGAAGAAGUUGAAUUACCUGUGGAUCAAGUAGACAUCAUCAUCAGCGAGUGGAUGGGUUACUGUCUGUUCUAUGAGUCAAUGUUAAACACAGUCAUCUUCGCACGAGACAAGUGGCUGAAACCUGGAGGGCUAAUGUUUCCAGACCGAGCUGCUUUGUACGUGGUAGCAAUUGAAGACAGACAGUACAAGGACUUCAAAAUUCACUGGUGGGAGAAUGUGUACGGCUUUGACAUGACCUGUAUUAGGGAUGUUGCCAUGAAGGAGCCCCUGGUGGACAUAGUAGAUCCAAAGCAAGUGGUGACCAAUGCCUGCUUAAUAAAGGAAGUAGAUAUAUAUACAGUGAAGACUGAAGAACUGGAAUUUACUUCUGCAUUCUGCCUGCAAAUUCAGCGCAAUGAUUACAUUCAUGCCUUGGUCACCUAUUUUAAUAUUGAAUUUACAAAGUGCCACAAGAAGAUGGGAUUUUCUACAGCACCUGAUGCUCCUUAUACUCACUGGAAGCAAACUGUCUUCUACUUGGAGGACUAUUUAACUGUGAGACGAGGAGAAGAAAUUUAUGGGACUAUAUCCAUGAAACCAAACGCAAAAAAUGUGCGUGACCUGGAUUUCACAGUAGACUUGGAUUUUAAAGGACAGCUAUGUGAAAUGUCAGUAUCUAAUGACUACAAAAUGCGUUAGCAAGAAACCUUUCAGAGAGAUGAAAAGGAGAAUUUUAUCAAGUCUUGAACUGCAGAGCUUCAAGCUAGGAACAACUGUUCACAAGAUUAUUAUAUUAAAUACUAGAAUGUUUACUCUGAUGGAGGGUGGCAACCUGAUCUUUCUUGCAGAUAGUACAGGGGGCUGGGAUCCCACUGUGAAUGUACAGUAUACAGAACUGUAGCUUUUGUUAAACAUAGGAAAAAAAUAAGCAACAGUCUUGAGUGUUCUGGUUAACUUUAGGAUGGCAGAAGAUGCAUAUACAAAUUGUAUUACUUACUGUGAAUUUCUGGUUCUUCCAAGCUUUGCAUGUUAAAGAUGAUUAGGGCAGUUUUCUCACUAUGAAAGACUACUACAGCACAUUACUGUGAUAGUAUUACUGGACUUAUAUUCAAUAUAAAUGAAUAUAUAUAUUGUACAUGAGGAAAAAAAAGUCAUUUCAUAAUAGGAAUUUGUUUUGUGAUUAUUUAAUUCUCAUUCUGCAGUUAUGGAAAGAUAAUGAUGUUACCUCUGGCACUACUCUAGGCAGUGAUAUAUUCCAUUAACUGUCCAAUGUUAUAGCUUUGGUAAAUAUUCCAUGCAAAGUGUAGAUAAGAGCUGGGCAUUUACAGGAAGUUCAACAAGUAUAUUUUUGAAUGUCCUCUGAAAAUGUGGACCAUUAGUUUUGAAAUUCACCUUCACAACUGGAUGUCUGUCAGAGCUUUAAAAAACAUUAGCUUUUUAUCCUUGAAAAUAUUCUGUGGUGAGUUUUUAUAGCUGGAUUUUGCAUGAGACUUUCAGAAAUCAGACACCUAGUAUUUAAAUGUGAUGAAUGCAAAGUCUCUGAAAUGGUGGAUAAUUCAUGCUUCUUGGCCAUGCCAUAUUUCAGUUCUUUGCAAAAUUCUUAAUACAAAAUAAUUUUUAAAAAAUAGGAAAUAGUGUUACCUUUGGGUGAUGUUUUAGAUAAGUUUUAAAUUGCACAUACUAUUCUCAAGAGUGCAGUAAUUUGCAGGAGCAAGUUAAUGUCUUUAAAAAAAAUGUCGAUGGCUUCUGAUAUUACUAAUAUGUCUGUAGCUUUCCCGUCCCCUUGAGUCCCUUGGUUUUUGUACAAAAUCUCCUGCUUAUUGUUAAAAUAUUAAGUGCUUAUAAUUCCUCAUAUGUACAUAUCAGGUCUUUUUACUAUAUGAAUGUGGGCCAUUUAAUCACAUGUGAUUCAUCAACAACUGCAUCACCAGUCCUAUCUACACAUUUUCCAGUCAGUCUGGCAUUAGGCACUAAAUCAUGUUUUAUCUUGUACUGGAUAAGAUUGACUAGUUUUUUGCCUAAAAAUAUUUUUAAUCACCUGCAAAUAAAGCAUACUUGAAGAUGCAUUUUGUUAGUAUUUGUCAACUUCUCGCUUUUUAGAAACCGAUUUCUAUUGAUUUUCCCUCCACAGAAACUGUAUAGUGCCUCCAUUUUCUUAUGGUCUAAAGAAUAUGGUCUAGAGAUUCUAUCGAAUGGUGUCUAUGUAGAGUGAAAUUAAACUAAUUCAGCAGUAAAAGAUACUGUUUGCAAUUUAGUCCAUCACUGUUGUUUUAAGCCCUCUUUCAUAUUUUUGGGUUGAGGAUGAACAACUUUCCUUACAAAAUCAAGUUCGUCUGUCCAAUAUUGCUAUCAUUUUCUUGGAAUGAGUUCAGCUACUCUUUCAGUAAUGGACUGGAAAAAAGAAAACAUCUACAAGUUCCUUUCUAGUAACACUUUUGUGAUUCUAGGAAUUUAAGGUAUGGAAAUCUACCACAGUUUUUCUCAGGCCUUCCAUUUAUAUAAAAAUAUACUCAAACAAUGUUUUCAUCUUCUUCUUUGCCACUAAUCACUGAGAUGACUGUUACUGAAAGAGGAAAGACUCUUACUUUGUUUGCCUAAAUUAUACUUUGAAAGUAUUGCAAACCAUCCACAUCUCUAGCCCACUACAUGAAUAUUUAAUAACUUUAAUAUUAAAAGAAUAACAAAGAAGGAAAAAAAUCUCAUACCUUAUUUAAAACAACAACAACAAAAAAGAGAAAAAAAAAAUUAAAAAAAGAAGAUUCCCAAGGGUCUUUACUGAGAAUGUGUCAUUUUUGCCUGACAAAAAGCACUGGUCAAGAAGCAGCAAAAAAACCCCCACUUGAUCAGAACAGAUCAUUAACCAGUUUGAGAAGUAUUAAAGAACUGCUGUACAUUGACUGCCCUUUCUGCUUCAUCUUUCAACUGCUGACAGUGAAGUGUUGGUCUCUGUUCCAUAGUGGCCACCCUGCCUUAGUACUUGAAGUGCCCAUUUACUUCAGUGUUGCAGGAUUACAUCCUGACUGAUAUUAUUAAUGGCACAGUUCUGAGGUGGUCACCACACCUCAGGAACAUUCUGUCCUGGAAAAUUAGCUUGUGCUUUU